CAGGCACCACCGUUUUAUGUGUGCCAUCUCCCGUAUAGUGCCAGCAGUCUAAAUCCUGCUCUGGAUUUAGUCUUCUACCGACGUUUCUUAGCGAUUGCCGAGUUCUGUCGGCAUAUCUGACUCUCAAUCUAGGUCGCUCCCCUUGCAGGAAUUCAGAUCGUUGGUUUUUUGGGAGGAACGACUAGACUCAGAAGCGGGUAGGCAUGGGGCAGGGUCAGUCCGGUUUGCCCGGAAAGGGCAUGCCAGGCGAUGGCAAAGAUGACCGGAAGGAAAAGAAGAAAUACGAGCCCGCGGCCCCCCCAUCGCGUGUCGGCCGCAAGCAGCGUAAGGCCAAAGGACCCGAAGCAGCGGCUCGUCUGCCCGUCGUAACCCCGGCUACUAAGUGCAAAUUGCGUCUGCUGAAGCUGGAGCGCGUUAAGGACUACCUUCUUAUGGAGGAAGAGUAUGUGACGAAUCAGGAGCGGCUGAAGCCGCAGGAGGAGAAGAACGAGGAGGAUCGGUCUAAGGUGGACGAUCUUCGCGGGACGCCUAUGAGCGUGGGGAGUCUGGAGGAGAUUAUCGACGAGAACCACGCCAUCGUGUCGUCGUCUGUAGGCCCGGAGUAUUACGUCAGCAUCCUGUCGUUUGUGGAUAAGGACCAAUUGGAGCCUGGCUGCUCAAUCCUCAUGCACAAUAAGGUGCUGUCAGUGGUGGGGAUCCUACAGGACGAGGUGGAUCCCAUGGUGUCCGUGAUGAAGGUAGAGAAGGCUCCGCUGGAGUCGUAUGCCGAUGUUGGCGGUCUGGAGCAGCAGAUUCAGGAGAUCAAGGAGGCGGUGGAGCUGCCUCUCACACAUCCGGAGCUCUACGAGGACAUCGGCAUCAAGCCGCCCAAGGGAGUCAUUCUCUAUGGUGAACCCGGCACUGGCAAGACCCUUCUGGCAAAGGCUGUCGCCAACUCCACUUCAGCCACGUUCCUGCGUGUGGUGGGCAGCGAGCUCAUUCAGAAGUACCUUGGCGAUGGGCCCAAGCUUGUGAGGGAGUUGUUUCGAGUGGCAGAUGAGCUCUCGCCGUCCAUUGUCUUCAUCGACGAAAUUGAUGCCGUGGGAACCAAACGUUACGAUGCUCAUUCGGGAGGUGAGAGGGAGAUUCAGCGCACGAUGCUUGAGCUGCUGAACCAGCUGGACGGCUUUGACUCCCGUGGAGAUGUCAAGGUCAUUCUCGCCACCAACCGCAUUGACAGCCUCGAUCCCGCUCUGCUGCGUCCGGGCCGUAUUGACCGCAAGAUCGAGUUCCCUCUGCCUGACAUCAAGACCAAGCGCCGCAUCUUCCAGAUUCACACGUCUCGGAUGACAACAUCAGACGAUGUGAACUUGGAGGAGUUCGUGCUGAGCAAGGACGAGCUCUCUGGCGCUGAUAUCAAGGCUAUGUGCACAGAGGCCGGGCUGCUUGCUCUUCGUGAGAGACGCAUGAAGGUGACACAGGCAGAUUUUCGCAAGGCCAAGGAGAAGGUUCUGUACAAGAAGAAAGAGGGUGUUCCCGAGGGUCUUUACAUGUAAAGAGCUUGACUGGCGUGCUGUGUUUCAAUUCAUCUUACCAAUACUGUAGUUUGUCUGUGACCUGACAUGAGAAGGGAAGGCAUCUACAAGUAAUCACGUUUCGAUGCACGUUUCGAGCUGGCUUGCAACAGAGUCGCCUUGUAUAACACUAACUUCCAUUUUCACGGUCUAGAAGUCAUUUUCUUUUAUUUUUAUAAAA